UCUAUUUGCAGAAGUAUCUUUGGAGGAACACUUGGAACUGCACUAUUCGAAGAUGGAAAUCCAUUGCUUCUGCAUUAUGCCAUGUUUCUACCCGCUCUUAUGGGACAAGCAAAUUCUGAACAGCAAGCAUAUUGGAUAAACAGAGCUUGGGCCGGCGAUGUUAUAGGAACAUAUGCUCAGACUGAACUAGGACAUGGAACGUUUCUCAGGGGUUUGGAAACUACGGCAACGUACGAUCCGGAAACGAAAGAGUUCGUUUCGAAUAGUCCAACUUUGACAUCCUACAAAUGGUGGCCAGGCGGAUGUAAGUAGAUUGCAAUUCUUUAA